AUGGCCAGUGCAGGCACUGAUGUGGCAAUGACUGCUGCUGGUUACCAUGGCAACCCUUCAAUCACCGCUGGUGCUGGAACCCAGGAGCCCAUGGCCAACUUUGCUCUUCUUUCUUUCUUCCUAUUACAUGAAGAAGCCCAGAAGAGGAAAGAAAAGGAUUCAGAAAUGGCAGUGCCUCAGAGGCCUUUGACAUUCAGGGAUGUGGCCAUAGAGUUCUCUCAGGAGGAGUGGACGUGCCUGGACCCUGCUCAGAGGACUUUAUACAGGGACGUGAUGUUGGAGAACUAUAGGAACCUGGUCUCCCUGGGUAUUUCCUUUUGGAUUGUUAAUAAUCAGCUGGGAUUGAACACCCAGUCAGAUCUCCCAGAACUGCAGGUAUUUAAGAUUGAGGAGAAAAUUUAUGAAUGUAAUCCCAUGGAUCUGUCUAUCAACAGUGAUUUCUUGGUUUCCCCACCCCACAGAAUUACUUCUACUAUGAAACCCCACUUUUCUCAUGAACGUGAGUAUGAUCUUAUGGAUUCAUUAUUCCCACAAAGAGACAAACCACACAUAGUGACAGACCAUUACAGAUGUACUGAGUGGGACAAAUCCUUUAAUCAAGGCACACAUAUCACCAUUCAUCAAAUAAUGCAUGAGGAAGAAAAUUGAUUUAAAUCUGAUAUAUGUGCUAAAAUUUUCAAUAAAAAAUCAAGCCUUAGAAGUCAUCAGAGAGUCCAUGCUGUAAAGAAAACUCACAAGUGUAAUGAAUGUGGCAAGGUCUUCAAUUACAUUUCACAGCUUGCCCAGCAUCAGAGAAUCCAUACUGGAGAGAAACCUUACAAAUGUAAUGAAUGUGGAAAGCUAUUCCGUGAAAGUUCAGCCCAUGCACAGCAUCAGAGAAUCCACAUUGGAGAGAAACCUUGCAAAUGUAAUGAAUGUGGAAAGCUAUUCCGUGUAAGUUCAAUCCUUGCACAGCAUCGGAGAAUUCAUACAGGAGAGAAACCUUACAAAUGUAAUGAAUGUGGAAAGGUAUUCCGUACAAGUUCAAUCCUUGGACAACAUUGGAAAAUUCAUACUAGAGAGAGACCUUACAAAUGUAAUGAAUGUGGAAAGGUAUUUCAUAGUAUUUCACACCUUGCAGAACAUCAGAGAAUUCACACAGGAGAAAAACCUUACAAAUGUAACGAAUGUGGCAAAAUGUUCACUCAGAAAUCAUCCCUACAAAUGCACUGGAGGAUUCAUACUGGAGAGAAGCCUUACAAAUGUAAGGAAUGUGGAAAGGUAUUUAAUCACAAGUCACAUCUUGCAAAAGAUCAGAGAAUUCACACGGGAGAAAAACCUUACAAAUGUAAUGAAUGUGGCAAAAUAUUCAGUAGC